GGCCAGAUCUCUGCGAUCCCGGGUGCAGGCGUCAGAGACCACGACAUCCAGAAGCUCCGUCCCAGCACCUGGCUGAACGAUGAAGUCAUCAAUUUCUACAUGAGACUCAUUCAACUUCGGAGCGACCUGGCGGUGACAAGACGAAAAGAGCAGAGCAAGAAGUGGCGAGCAUUCUGGGACGUGCACAUCUUCAACUCAUAUUUCUGGCAAAAGUUCAGCUCGCAAGGCUAUGCGGGCGUAUCGAAGUGGACAAGGAGGGUAGACAUCUUCAAGAAGGAUCUCGUCCUCAUCCCGAUCAACAUGAACGAUACGCACUGGAUCUGCGCCGCCAUCAAUCUUCGUCGGCGGAGGUUCGAGCUCUAUGACUCGAUGGCCACAUCACACGCGACUGGCUCCACCUUCUUCCGCAAGCUCAGGCAAUACCUUGCUGCCGAAUACUGCGACAAGAAGGGAAAAUCUUCUGCGGACGAUCUCUUCCUCGACGAUUCGUGGACGGACCACUUUUCGGAAGAGAGCCCGCAGCAGGCGAACGGCAGCGAUUGCGGCGUCUUUGCGACAAUGACGCUCGAGCAACUCAGCAGACGCGAUCCAACAACGGGAGAUGCUGGGGAAGAUGAAGACGAGGAGUGGAACUUCAGUCAGGGCAACAUGCUCUAUCUUCGGCGGCGGAUGGUGUAUGAGAUCGCC